AUGGGCUGCGGAUUUUGUGAGGCUGCUCUUUCUAAUACCGUUGGAACACUGGUUGUGGACUGUGUGGUGAAGCCGAUUGAGGAUGCUAAAAGUCAGCUUCUACUAAUUGAAAAUGAUGUACAGAACUUGCAAUCAAGGGCAGACGAAACACUGUCGGAUAUGCGAGCUCUAGAGGAGGAAAUCCAACUGAAUAAGAGGUGUCUCAACUGGUGUCCUAAUUGGAGUUGGAGAUAUCAAUUAAGCAAGAAAGCAAUGGAGAAAAUCCAGGAUAUCUCUGAGCUUUUGGACAAAUUUCGUCAACUUGGACCAGUUGGUUAUCGUGCUCCUACUGCCCUUCCCACUAUAGACUUCCUAUGUUCUAAGGAAUUUGUGUUUUCGAAAUCUUCAGAGACUGCCUUCUGUCAAAUCAUUGAAGCCUUAAAAGAUGAGAAUAUCAACAUGAUUGGGUUGUGGGGGAUGGGAGGGGUGGGCAAGACCACCCUGGUUCAUGAAGUUGGAAGUCAAGCUCAAAAACUGAAUUUGUUUGAUAAAAGUGAACAACGAAGAAGAUCUGAGCAAGAAUUAUGGUCAAGGCUGAAGAACGAACAGAGGAUUCCUGUCAUCCUUGAUGAUAUUUGGGAACCUAUCAACUUAAAGAAGGAAAUAGGAACUCCAAUAGGCGAUGAUCAUAAAGGCUGUAAAUUUCUUUUAACAACACGCCAUCAACAACAAAUCAAAUUGUCAAAAAAUGCGAGAGGUUUGCCUAUAGCUAUAGUUCCGCUGGGAAGUGCCUUGAAAGGUAAAAGUUAUCAUGAGUGGCAAGCAGCAUAUCGGAGACUCGAGGGUCGUAGAUUGACUGAAAUAGAAGAUGUUAAUGAAAGAAAUGCCUAUAAAUGUCUUGAGGCAAGCUUCGAUUACAUGAAGUAUAAGGAGACCAAGACAUGUUUCUUCUUGUGCUCUUUAUUUCCCGAAGAUUAUGAGAUUUAUGUGGAGGACUUAGUAAGAUAUGCAUGGGGACUAGAGUUGUAUAAAGGCAUCGACUCAAUUAAAGACGUUAGAAGCGAAGUUCUUGCAUCGUUUGAGAUCCUCAAGAACUCCAGUUUGUUGCUAGAUUGCGGAGAAAGGCAUGUCAAAAUGCAUGAUGUGGUUCGCCAAUUUGCUUUGUGGAUGGCAUCUUCAAGAAAGGAGAUUUCUUUUGGGACUGUUGGAACACUACCAAUGGAUGAAAGUUUCAAGCAUUACACAACAAUCUCCUUCGAAACUGAUCAAAUGGAUGAACUUCCUAAAGGAGUGGUUUUCCCAAAUCUCAAAGUUCUUUUACUUGUUGGUGAUUAUUUCAUGGAAACUUCGCUUGAAAUUUCAAGCGAAUUCUUUGAGAGUGUGAAAGCAUUACAAGUUUGUGCUUUGGAAGAUCAAUUGAUAUCUCUAGAUGUGUUUAAGUUUGUUGGUGUUAGACACACUUUAUCCGGAUGA